UGUCGGGUACGUGAAACGGUGCGGAUUUUCCGUGUUACGGUGCUUCCAUCCAAGAUGUCGGACCGAGAAACAACAAGAAGUUUCACUGUCGGAGAAGAAAACCUGUGUUACUAUUGUAAGUUCUCCAGUAUGGAUCUUCAAGAGUGUAUCAAUCACUUAGUUGUUCAGCAUGGUCAUCUGCAACAUAAAUUAAGAACGAGAGCAUUCAACGCGUCAACGGGUCAAAUUGGUCUUUUAUCAAAAGAUUUUGGAGUAAUACCAAAUUUAGAGCUGGAAACUGGACAAUACUUCAAAGUAGAUGCAACGACAUUUUCACUGGCAGUCAAAUGCAAUAAUGAAAAUAUUGAUAUUUUACAAGAAUCUUUUCACAAUCUUUCACUUGAUAUUGAAGUAGAGCAAAUUGCUAGUCCAUUUACGAUAAAGCAUAAAACUUUAACACCCUUAAAAUCAUUUCAUACUGUUCCUUACGUUGACUCGUCUCGACAAGAAGAAACUUCAUCAUAUGAGAAAGUUAUUAAAAAUUUUGAAGAAAUGAAAACUCUUCUACCAAGUGUCAUAGAGGAAAUGAAAAAGAGCGGACAUUUAAAACCGCGGAUGGACUUUCAUAGAAUGGUUAGUAAUGGAAAUUUUCCAUUUGAUAAUAUAGCAUUCCAACUCUUUAUGGAUGUCUGCCGUUUUUAUGCUUGCGACAAUACGUCCGAAGUGACUUAUAGUGAUGCAGUUAAACGGUUUUGGCGUAUUGGAUUCAGACUUUUUUCAUGGAAAGUGGUUGAAAUUUAUGAGUGGACCAAAACACUUAGGAAAACUGGUUACUAAAGAAUGUGAGAGGGGAUAUUUUACACCCCUCACAUUUCAGGGAUCACAUGUUUGACACUAGUAAAAGGAGCAGAGGAAAGAGAAAACGUUAAUUAGGAAAUAUUUCUAAGCCGGAAAAACCAGUAAGACGACCAACAACUGUGAGAGAAUUCCAUAGGGCUCACGAAUCUAAAGUUUUGCCGCACGUACGACAGGGAUUAAAUCUUGAAUCCUGUAAAGAUAAGAGAUUUAAUAAUUAAACAUUUGCAAGAAGAACGCUAAAACAAUAAUAUUGUCUUCCGGUAUUUGUUAUUUAAAUUUUACUGUGUAUUUGUUUUGCACUCUGUGUCAUAAUAAUAAUUCUGAAAACACAUAUAUAUUUGCCUUGGAACUGAUGAAAUACUGUUCAACAUGCGUUAUAGUGCAACGAGGUAUUAAAGCCAUUUUUAAAUACCUGUUUGUUUCACCUUAUCAUGACUAUAUAGUGUAGAAUAAUCUGCUACAGGAGUUAACUAGGACCAAUGUUGUCAUUUUCAGGUACUUCGCAGCAUAUGAGUGACUUGACAGUAACAGAAACAAUGCCUUUCUACGUGUUGAAACUAUUAUUUAAUGAAUAUUUCUUGUUAAUAUUUCAGAUAAAUUAUGUCUUCAUGGCAUGCAUAUACACCAUGAUCAAAAAUGAUAAAUAAAUAAAUGAUAUGUGAAAACAAUUGUUUAUUAAUUUUAAUAUUAUACAAUCAUUUGAGAUCAUUUGUAAAAUAAAAGGAAAUCACUAUAAAUCAGCAGCAAAUCACAGUAUGAAUCACAGAACAUGUAAAUGAUAGUAAAACAAUAAUAUCAAAGCAACAGUAUCAAUAGUUAUAAAAAUGAGUAUAAGUACAUGUAUAUCAGAACUUCCUUACACACUGCUUGGACCUUACUAAUAUCGGAAUGUAUGACUGUUUUAAAGCACAAACAUCUUUCCUUAAUUUCAACACUUACAAAAUAUAUAAACGAGUCCAUACUAACAAAAAAGUAUGUGUAAUGUAUAAAACAGUCGCAGGUUAAUUAAGAAACAGUGGUGUGUGAAACCGACUAGAACAAAACGUACCGUUUUUGACCACUUAAUUUGAUCACGUUAAAACAGUUUACAUUAAAUUUAGUUCUGUCAAAUAUUUAUUGGAGAAAAGCUCGUUAAAAUAGCAGGUUCUAUUGAAAUAGAUUAUUCUUUAUUUAAAACUAGACUACUGUAAGUACUUGUCUGAAAGUGAGGAUGAUAGUCAAUAAUAAGUAUAUAAACUUUCAAAACAAUACCUUAAGGAAAUAAGUGAGUGGGUACGGAAAACUUAACCGAAAUUCUUAGUUGAAAAGGGGGCAUAACUUUGUCAAAAUCCUUGACAAAAUUAUAUCGUCUUGACUGAAAGUUGAAAUAAUGGACACUUACAAGUAUGUUAAGUUCCCAGGGUUAACGAAAUAAGUAAGAUGGUACGAAAAAGGGGCGUAAUUUUGUCAAAAUUCUUGACCAUAAUAUGACUGAGUUAUGUCAUCUUACCUAGAAGUGGA